AUGGAGUUUCAUGCUGUUAUAUUUUGCGGAAAGGGUUCUGGCCUAUCCCCGAUCUCUGCCGUGAAGGAAACAGGUGUGCCGAAGGCGCUAUUGCCCGUGGCGAACCGGCCAAUGAUUCAGUACGUUCUCGAAUGGUGCGACAGGGCUCCCUUCCGUCAAAUCACCAUCUUCACAGAAACCAGCACAUUGGGCAAGAUCUCCAAGUUUGUCGAUACAUACAAGGAGUCGCGGGAUCCGGACUUGGCCAGAACGAGUCCCAUUGAAUGCAUUGGCGCCGACGCGUCGACGACGGGCCUGAUCUUGUCGCAGCACAAGGACCAUAUCCUGAAAAACACCCAAAACUUUGUGCUUUUGCCGUGCGACUUCAUCACUGACGUGCCGCCGCAGGUGCUUGUCGAGGUGUUCCGUGGUCAGGAAAAUAAUAAUAUCGGGCUGUCUGUGUGCUACAACAACAGUUUUGAGAACAUCGACACAAACAAGGUGCUCAAGAGUAAUUACACGAUGUACUCGGCUCAGAACGGGCAGUCGGUACUCUUGGACCUGUAUUCGAAGGGCUCAGUCGCCCUGUCCAAAUUCCUGAAAAUCAGAACUCAUCUGCUCUGGCGAUACCCAAACACCCAGGUCUCGACCAACCUGCUGGACUCGUUUAUUUUUUUCGGCGACGCCCGAUUAUUUAAGAUGCUAGACGAACACGCAGGUGGACUCACUGCGAACAAGGCGGCCAUCAAAAUCAAACGGGACCUUGCAAGACGGUCCUGGCGACAUUCCGUGGAAAAAGAGACGAUGGGGCUGUUUAUCCUGCCUGCCAACUCCACAUUUGCCCGGUGCAACAACCUGCCCGUCUACAUGGAAGCCAAUCGGUACAUUUUAAAAUUGCAGGCGAGAGACAACACGUCUGUGCAGAAACCCAAGGCAGAAAAGCCGAAAAACACAGCGACCGUGGGCGCCGACUCGAAAGUGGGCGAGGAAACCGUGCUGGGAGAGAGAACCAGCGUGAAACGGUCUGUGAUUGGUAACAGGUGCAAAAUCGGCAACAAGUGUCGUAUCACGGCCUGCGUGCUGCUGGACGGCGUGGUAUUGGAGGACGACAUCCAGCUGGAGAACUGCAUUAUCGGCACCAACACUCAGAUCGGCGCCGGAACCAGGCUGGUCAACUGUAACGUGGAGGGAUCGUACGCGGUUGGACACAAGGUGAGUCUGAAGGGAGAGACGCUCACGAAUUUGCAACUGGAUCUGGAGGACGAGGAGGGCUCAUACGGCGCGAUUGAGGAGACGUCGUCGGAGGACGACUCUGAUGGUAGCGGUGGAAGCAACUACGACGACGAGAGUUUUGAGGAGGAGGAGUACGAUGAGGAUAUUUUUGAUAGGACAUAG